UUCAUGAGAGGUUAUAGACUGACGAAUAUUAGGAGAGGGAUCUGUGAUUUAAGGGACGGAGAAUAAAUGCAUUAAGCAAGGAUUCUGUGCUUUGAUAGGUUAAUCCACGCAAACUAUCAAGCGUAACGAUAAAAGUGGCGGGACAGUUCAAUAUCAUAUCCUGGGAUUACAUGACUGUCCCCCUCUCCCACGCAUGCUGUGCAAUUUGCCCGAGCACUCGAGAAAUAAACCACUUGUCUCGUACUGGUGGCUAUCUGGAUCGACCAGAAAUUCCACGCCACCAUCCACAAACCUCUUACUGCUCUGAUUAUACUCAUUUCGCUCGCUGACAGGAAGGAAUUGGAUGCAAUAUUGAGCCGGAUACUGCCUACCUCCCUCCCAUUGGGUCGGGUGACCAAUAGCGGGCGCAGAUCGUUCUGGCGGGUGGGGCUGACGCCUGACCACGAGCUAAGUACCUUCAUGCAACCACCACCCCCCCCCCCCCAGCUCUGCAUUAAAUAACUGGUAUCCGGAAGGGGAGGUUUGUGUUUGUUCAGUAGACCGGUUCUGAACUUUUAUGUUUAUAGAGACGGUGAGGAAAUGUGUUCCGAGUCGGAAUUGUUGGAAGAGAAGCUACAGCUGGUGCGCAACAGUAUCAAAUCUUAUCCUAACUUUCCCAUCCAGGGCAUCCUGUUCCGGGUUAGAUGCUCGUGGAUUCCUAUUUGGCCCGAGUCUAGCUCAAAGAUUUGGAAUUGGUUUUGUGCCAGUUCGAAAGAAGGGAAAGUUGCCAGGACCAACCUUGUCUGCAAGCUAUAGUUUAGAAUACGGACAGGCUAGCGUUGAGUUACAAAGUGAUGUUGUUCAAGCAAAUCAGAAAGUUGUUAUUGUUGAUGAUUUACUUGCAACUGGAGGUACUCUGUCAGCCGCCUGUGAAUUGCUGAAAAAAGUGGGAGCUGAUAUUCUUGAGUGUCUGGUAGUGAUUGAAAUUAAGGCACUGAAUGGCAUAAAGAAACUGAAUUCUGUGCCUGUCCACUCACUUGUGGAGUACUAAGCAACUAUAUCUUGCUGAAUCAGGACUGCCUUGUACUACUUCACAUUUCUUGCAAUAAUGGCCAUGCAGACUUACAAUUCUUAAGGGUCGAAUCAAAAUUAUUUGCCGUUUUCAGUAUUUGGCCAUUUUAUCAUAUUCUGUGAAAGCAGUGGAAAAAAACUGCUUAUGGAGUUAUUCUAGUUUUGAUUAAUGUUUGAUUACCUAGUAAAUGUGUAGAAUUAAGCCUAUUUGACCUACACCCUUGCAUGUUUAAUAUUUUACCUCAGUGUUUACAUUUGCAAAGAAAAUUAAAUUAAGUUAAUGGAUGUUCUAACUUCAAAUUAAAUGGCAUAGCUUUUAAAAGCUUCUAAUUUUAUCCAGCUUAAAACCAGAUUUUGAAUGCAUAUGAAACAAAUUGAAAUGAAACAUAAACUGAACAAUUGAAUUACAGAAAAAUAAAUAGAGAAGUCCCUGUUAA